CUUGAACAAUAAUAAUGAUAAUUGGAAGUUUUAAGAAAAAUUUCUAGAAAAUUCUCGAGCGUGAUACUCAAACCUGUUUCUAAUUGGUGAAUUCUCUUAUUCCAAAGCAUUCUCUCCUUUUCUAUUUGCCCUGUUGUCUAUUUCUCCUGUAUCUUACUUCUAAUUGGCUGUUGUUCCCCUAGGCGCGUCUGCGCAUUGGGUCUCUUUCUCGGUGAGGGUUUCCAGUCUUGCAGUCCAAUCUUCAGUCCAUUGCAUCAUACACGUGAAACGUGAACUAAACCGACUUUCAGAUUAUUAAAUCAACGUUAACUAAAGCGACACAGAAAUGCUGUCGGCAUCACGAAUAUUAUCUCGCUCGUUCGCACGCGUCGAUACAAGAAGCCGACAUUUUACUUCGAUUUUUAGAAACUCAGUUGCGGUUUCAGUAAGCCCACGUGAGAGAUUCGAGACCGUCCAGUACAGAUACAAGUCCGAUGGCGUCAAAGGAGCUGUCGUUGGGAUUGAUCUGGGAACGACAUUCUCAUGUGUGGCUGUCAUGGAGGGAAAGCAAGCUAAAAUUAUUGAAAACCGAGAGGGAUCCCGAACUACUCCGUCUUACGUAGCCUUUGAUAAAAGUGGAGAAAGAUUGGUAGGUGCUCCAGCAAAAAGACAGGCAAUAACAAACCCAGAAAACACUUUUUACGCGACCAAGCGGUUGAUAGGUCGCAGGUUUGAUGACCCAGAGGUAAAGAGGGAAAUGAAAUCAGUCUCUUAUAAAAUUGUCAAGGCUUCCAAUGGAGAUGCUUGGGUCCAAGGAAGCGACGGAAAAAUGUACUCACCUAGUCAGAUUGGAGCCUUUAUUCUUAUGAAGAUGAAGGAGACUGCUGAAAGAUACCUCAAUACUCCUGUUAAAAAUGCAGUAGUUACUGUACCAGCGUAUUUCAAUGACUCUCAGCGUCAAGCUACCAAAGAUGCUGGGCAAAUUGCAGGACUUAACGUUCUUAGAGUUAUUAAUGAACCAACUGCUGCUGCAUUGGCGUAUGGAGUUAAUCAAACUGAGGAUAAAAUUAUCGCAGUUUACGAUCUCGGUGGUGGUACUUUUGACAUUUCAAUCCUGGAGAUUCAGAAGGGAGUUUUUGAAGUUAAAUCCACCAACGGAGACACAUUCUUAGGAGGUGAGGACUUUGACAAUGCCAUUGUAAAUUAUCUGGCCUCUGAAUUUAAAAAGCAACACGGUCUUGACAUCACCAAGGACAUAAUGACUAUGCAAAGAUUGAAAGAGGCCGCGGAGAAGGCCAAGAUCGAGCUGUCUGGAACCUCUACGACAGAAAUUAAUCUUCCUUAUCUGACAAUGGACCCCAGCACUGGACCAAAGCAUCUUCACUUGACGAUGAACCGCGCCAAGUUUGAGAGUCUGGUGGGUGACCUUAUCAAGCGGACGGUCCAGCCUUGCCAGAAGGCUCUUUCAGACGCCGAGGUGUCCAGGUCAGAUAUUUCCGAGGUCCUCUUGGUUGGUGGAAUGACCAGAGUACCCAAAGUUGAGGCCACGGUCCAGGAGAUUUUUGGAAAAAAACCAUCCAAUGCAGUUAAUCCCGAUGAGGCUGUAGCUGUUGGUGCUGCUAUUCAGGGAGGAGUUCUUGCUGGUGAUGUAACUGAUGUUCUUUUAUUGGAUGUCACUCCUUUGUCUUUGGGUAUUGAGACCCUCGGAGGAGUAUUCACCCGUUUAAUAUCACGUAACACCACAAUUCCAACAAAAAAAUCCCAAGUAUUUUCAACAGCCGCGGACGGCCAGACCCAAGUUGAAAUCAAGGUCCACCAGGGUGAGCGUGAAAUGGCUGCGGACAACAAAUUGCUUGGACAGUUUACCCUGGUAGGUAUUCCACCAGCUCCCAGAGGAGUCCCACAAAUUGAGGUCAGCUUUGACAUCGACGCCAACGGUAUCGUCAAUGUGUCUGCCAAGGACAAGGGCACCGGCAAGGAGCACCAAAUCGUUAUCCAGUCCAGUGGAGGACUCAGCAAAGACGAGAUUGAGAACAUGGUGAAGAAAGCCGAGCAGUAUGCUAAGGAAGACAGAAUCAGGAAAGAGCGCGUCGAGGCUGUCAAUCAAGCCGAGAGUAUUGUUCAUGACACAGAGGCCAAGUUGGAUGAGUUCAAGGAACACGUGCCUGGAGAAGAGGCAGACAAGAUCAAGGCUUUGAUUGACAAAGUCAAAGAGAUACUUGUCAACAAGGACUCUACUGAUCCAGAAGAAAUUAAAAAGCAAACCAAUGAGCUUCAGCAAGCUAGCUUAAAGCUUUUCGAGGCUGCUUACAAAAAGAUGGCUGCUGACCGUGAAAGCAAAAACCAAAACCAGCAAGAUGAACAACCAGGCGAGGACGAAAAGAAAAAAGAAGACAAAAAUUAAAUAUUAACUAGGUCCUAGAUUUUUUUCAAUUAUUUUUCCU